GCGAUCCACGUUUUCCUGGGAUUGGAGGCGGUGUUCCCCACCGACGCGUUUACGAGUCCCCACCGCGACAAUCAUGCUGGCGGUAUCGGCCGCGGCCACGCUUUUCACUCCACACGCGUCUCUCUUUGUCCCGCUCUCGUUUCUCCGCGUCCGCUGGUGCUCUCUCCUCGUCGCUCGCGGCGUUCUCUUCUUCCUGCUCGGAGACCUAACGACUCCCCCACUUCGGCUUACUCCGCUCCGCGGACACGGCCGUGUUCGCCGCGGCCGGUAGGCGGCCAGGCGGGCGUACAUGAGUCCUCUAGUGUAGCUGCACACAUGCACGCGACAGCAUCUGACCGUCGUAGCACUAACCGCCGCUGCCGUCGCCGUCGCAGCGCCGUAGCGCCGUAACUACUGUCGUCGUGACGCGUCGCGUCAAGUUCUGUGCGUCUGCGAUCACGCUGCACGAGAGAGGCGCGUCGACAGAUUGACCUGACUCAUCCAUUGACAGCUCGCAGGUAGUUGCUGUCAUCGCGCUUUUCAGUCGCGAUUAUCGGCUGACUCGGCGCGUUGCGUCGUGACGGAUCGGCGCUGAUUAUCGCACGUGUUAUUCAAAAUAACGUGACCGCCUGAAUAUACGGCGGUGGAAAAGUGGUGAAUCGAUUUAGUGAACUAGCUUAGUCGAAAUCGCGAUCGUUGAUAAUGCUGGCGAGAUAGUGCUCAUUGAUGACUUCAUCGGCGUGUGUUCUUAUCUCCGGCACAUCGAUGACAGUCACAAAUGACGUUAGCGUAAAGACUUUCUACUCUUCCAAAUAUUCAAAGCAUGCGCCAGCGAGGACAAUUCGGUUUGGACUCUAAUCAGGACAGUUUGACAGCUUGCGCCGGUGACAACUGCGCCGGUGUUUCACGUGCUUGACGCUUCGUAGUUGCUCAGCUGAUAUUUGACAGUCAUCUGACAGGAGUGGUGCUUCAAUUAAGGGACGAAAUUCGGAAGAUGCACUUGUGAUAAAAGCAGAGAUCUUCGAUUGGAUAUUUAAGAUUUUUAUGCACUUAUUGUUGUACUUGUGAAGACUGUUCUUAUACAAAUAACAACGACGGUUAGGUCUCUGGUGUUUUACCGGCCGUUUAAUAGUUGCGUCUUAAAUUGGAGUACGCGUGCAAUUAUACCAUUAAAGCGACGUGUACGUGACUGUGAGACUUCUCAAUGGGUGUAGUGCGUUCUUAAGAGUACUGUGUUAUCAAGAAGUCGAAAACAUUGACUAGAUUUUUACGUGAGGAUACUUUGUCGUUUUUACAUGGAAAUGGAAACCGUUGUAAUUCUUCGAGAACUAAGUAAAUUCACGUACAAUAUAAACUAGAUUUUACGUGGACAUGAAAAAGUUAUGUUGAUUGAUAAACGGUGAAUUUCACAAAGUGUUAUUUCUGUGUUAGAAACAGACUGCGAAUGCUUUUUUGUUUGUUAAUCGAUCGAAUCGAACUCAAGAACAGUAAUUAUAAGCGGUCUUCAAAACAUUUCACGUGCGCGCGAUGAUAGUCGACGCAAGGCACUAAGUUGUCAGCGAACGACCUCCCACUGCGUGGACCGGUGCAUCCUUCGUCGAGAGCGGAACCCAGCAGGUGACCACGUUGGAUCUCGCGGCGUUGGCUGCCUACGGGGGCGUUUCGGGACCCAGGGUCGCGGUGGCGGGCACCGGGGUCCUCGCGCUGCCCGGCCUGAUACCCGACAAGGGUCUAUCAUCGCCCGGAAGCCAGUCGAAGCCAAAGUCCGCAGGGCUGGCGGGUCUCGACAGCGAGGCGGUGCGCCGGUGGGUCGCGGAGGCCGCACGGACCGUCCGGCAAAUCCCGCCUCCGGUGAUAGUACCGGUGAGCUCUUCGCAACAACAGCAACAACAUCAUCGUCAGCAGCAGCAUCAGCACCAACAUCAUCAUUCCACCCACAGACAGCAUCAACAGCCCAGCCCACCGUCAGUGGGACUUUCUCCCUUCGUCCUACCGGCAUCGAUGACGCAGACACCCAGUAUGCAUCUGCUGGAAAAUAACAACUUGGUCGAGGUUGCCAUGGCCCAGCAGCAACAGCAGCAACAAUCUCAGCAAUCGAUACAGAAGCAGAAACAAACGAGCCCCACGAAUAAUAAUACUAUAGAAGCCUGGAGGUCGAUUCAGGGCGGCCAUCAGUGGUGGAGUCCGCCCAGUAACGUUCACCAGGAACAGCAGCAACAGCAACAGCAAAUAUCGUCGAUCGCACAAGUGUCUCAGCCGCAGAGUUUGGUGGCCGGAUCGGUGUGCGGUCAGGUGCAGAGGCAUCAGUCGCAAGUGCAAUCGGAGAUCGAUCAGCCGCUUGACUUCUCCGUCGGUUCCCUCCAGCAGCAGAAGGUGCAUUCGCGCGCGAGGACUAUGCACGAGAAACUUCAGGGUAGGAUGCAUGACAACAACAACGGCACGGCGAGCGGCCAAAAGAUCACAAGAGGUGAUGUAAACAGGCGUAGCUAUAGUCCCAGUGAAGCUAGCACCAGUAGCAGCGAAGACGAGGGCGUCUCUACCGGCGGCAGCCCUUCGGGACCUCUUCGAGGCGCCUCGAAUUCGUGCGAACCCGUUGCGGAGCGACCUUACGGUAAAGUCUGGAUAGGCGACAAUGAGGUCGCGUGGCGGACGGACCAGUCUUUCAAGAGGACAUCACCCUUAAAUCCCUGUGCCACAACAACUACCACGACGACGACAGGUGGUGGGCCACUGACACAUCCCCACCUGUCGCCACCCGUAGCUGCCUCUGUUACCACCCCCGAUCACAGAAGCCCCAGUAGCUUGCAUGCGAAGCUUGGCAUCUCUCCCGGUCACGACGCGCUCUGUCGAAUCGAUAAGGAGGAGCCAGCCUCGCCGGAAUCCAUACAAGAUGCAGACUUACACGGUGAUGUCGACGCCCCGGAGCUCAGCGGCGAUGACAGGAGUAUCGCAAGUGAUAUUCAAGAUACCACGGAAGCGCAUCUUGAUAAUGACUCCAUGGAUUCGGACAGGGAAGCUCUCAACUUGGUCACGGAUGUCUCGCAACGAAACAGCAGUAGCGGUACCAGCGGCAGCGCGUCCUCGCCGAGUUCCGGGGUCAGUAGCCAGCUCACGGGUAGUCAUCAGCAACAAGCGCAGCAGCAACAACACACGUCCGGCCAGCAGAACAACUCGGCCGCGCUGGCACAAUUGGUCAGCCAGCAAUUGCUGAUGCACGGUUCUCUCGCGGCACUCGGUUCUCAAGAUAUGCAAGCGCUCGCCUCGACGUUGCAGCAACAGCACCAAACGCUGCAGCAACACCUACAGCAGUUGGCCAUGUUUCAACAGGCAAAUCCGGCGACGGCGGGCCAGCUCCCGCCGCAGGCGCAGUUCUUUCUACAGAAUCAAGGGCUGUUACAGAGCGGUGGCUACCCGACAAGACCGAGUCAUCCGCAGUCACAGUCCAUGCAGGUGCAACAAGCGUUGGCGCAGUUACAGGCUCUGCAGAAGCAGCAGGCUCUUCAGGGUAGUGGCGGUUUAGUCGGGCGAAAUUUGACGCAGCAGAGGUCACCUCCGCCGCCCGGUACACCGCCGGCGGUGAAACCGCCGGUGAAGUUAGAACCCUCGCCAGAAGAGACAACAGACCUCGAAGAGCUGGAGCAGUUCGCCAAAACGUUCAAACAGAGGCGGAUCAAGCUCGGUUUCACUCAAGGAGACGUGGGACUCGCCAUGGGCAAACUAUACGGCAACGAUUUCUCUCAAACUACAAUUUCGAGGUUUGAAGCGUUGAAUCUUUCCUUCAAAAACAUGUGCAAGCUGAAACCAUUGUUACAAAAGUGGCUGGAGGACGCCGAUAAUUCCAUGAACAAUCCCAAUUCUCUAUCGAAUCCACUUACGACACCAGAAGCGAUAGGCAGGCGGCGGAAGAAAAGGACAUCAAUAGAGACCAGUGUUAGAGUGGCCCUAGAAAAGGCUUUUAUCCAAAACCCGAAGCCCACAUCGGAGGAGAUAACCAUAUUGGCGGAUAGCCUCGGAAUGGAGAAAGAGGUGGUUCGUGUAUGGUUCUGUAACAGGAGACAAAAGGAGAAAAGAAUUAACCCGCCGACGGUAGCAAUGGGCAGUCCAACGAUGGCGUCGCCCGCGCCUUCGGUGUUCGCCUCGCUCGCCAGCUCUAUGUCUGGCAGUCCUUUAGCUCUUACGACGCACUCCUCCAGCAUGGGCCACGCUCCGCAUCCGACGUCUUUGCCCUCCCCCUUGCCUCUGGCUUUGGUGGCUUCGGCAGGUGGCAAUUAUCAUUCAAUAAAUAACAACUCCGUGAAUUCCGAGUGACAUCAGCAAGCGGCCCAUCAAGGGGACGCUCUCUAUCAUCAGCAUCAUCAUCAGCAACACCAACAGUCACAUCAUCAUCAUCAGCAACAACAGCGACGGUUGUGCAACUCUCUAUCAGAGUUCUAUCAUUAGUGGUGAUUUGAUUUCUUGUAGCAGCUAAUCAAGAACGGCUUAAAGCAUCAAAUGUAGAUGAUCUACAAUCGGAUUUCUAUAUUUUUUACUCAUUGGUCUUAAUUCAAUUUUAUUGAACACUCUUCUGAGUAAAAUCUUGAUUGUAGAUCGAUAUGGUUACAAUUAUGCAUAGCGUUUUAACAUUUUACAUCAUUGAUCACCAGAUAGAGCUCGGUAGUUCAGUUCAAGAAAGAGAGAGUCCACGCGAGCAAGCCGAAAAUAGAAUUCAUGACAGUUAUAAUCAUUUUUUUAGAAAGGUAAAUAAAAAGUGAUUAAGAAUACGAGAGAAUACAAAUGAAACAAACGCGAUAAAAUGAAUGCGAGAAUAUAUGAAUGCACGUAGGUAUGAAUGCAUAUCGUUAAAUCAUCUGAAGUUGCUGUAAGUAUCUAUUAAAGAGUAUACGAAGAUACGCUGCGUUUUGAACUGAGUACGCACAUUAGUAAAGUGUAAUUUUAGUGUACGAGGAACUAAUAGCCGAUUCGAUUGGAUGUAUUAAUACAUCAAUAAUAAUGAAAAUGUAUAUUUGUUUAUUAUUAAAGGCAUAUGUAAAUUGACAAAACAUAAGUAUAUUUGUUGCAUAAAAAAAGUAAUCUCGACUUUUGUUUGUCACUAUUAUAAUGGUGAAUAAAAUAUUUUAAUGGUAAACAGAUAAGUCUUGUGGCAAAUAGUAUGACGUAUUGAUCCAUUAUUUUUUUAUAAAUAAUUCAUAUUAAUGUUUACUGAGAACUUAAAAAAAAUGUUUCCAUGUUAAUAAAUUAUCCAAAUGAAAGACAUAUACAGUGACGUGCAAAAGUUUCCGGCCAGUGACAUUUUGUACUCUAAUUUAUUUUAAAAAAGUAAUAAAAUUUUAUGGUUUUUUUUUUUAUAAAUUAGAGUACAAAAUGUCACUGGCCGGAAACUUUUGCACGCUACUGUGUAUGACUUUCAUUUGGAUAAUUCUUAUUUUUCUUCCAAUUUACUGUUACGCUACGCAGAUGCAUUUAAUUUUUCUCUUUCAGAAGACAUUCACAAUCGGGUGUAUUAUUAAAUGCCCAGCAUAAAUGAAUGCUGUUAAAAAUAUUGUAUAUUGGACAUUUUAUCAGUCAAAAACACAUAAACUUAUGUUAUGUUUUUAUAAUUGCAGAUUAACAUGUAAUUAAAUUCGGAUAGAUUAAUGUGUGAUCUAAUCGAAUUUGCUAUAAGCUUUAUUUAUUUUGUAUGGCAAUAUAAGAAAUGAUGAUUUAUUUGUGUAUCAGAUGAUUGUAACUUUUCUAAACAAAACUUUAAUUUUACGUAAGCACAUAUACACACAGAGCGUAAAAUAAUGUGAAGAAGCUUUACAAUAUCUCUUAUAUUAAAAACAACAUUUUUUCUUAUUCGAAUGGCAUACAAUAAUAUAUGACGAACAGAAGUUUACGUUUGUUUUACAGAAUCAUACUUCUGCUAAUAAAGCCAAUUAUUGAUGGACCGUUUCAGUGAUACGGAAAAUUCGAUAAUUCUAUAUUUCUUUUGUCAAUAGAUGUUCGUAAAAAUAUGUCAAAUUUUUAUACAUACUUUUACGAACAUUUUUUUGUACACACAGAAGGUAUAAUUAAAUCUAUGUGUAACAGCGUCGAAGAAAACUUGCGAGUGUUGAUGACAACACACUUAGUCCUGCGAGUUAUUCGAAUGAUUUAAGUCGCGUAAAAUUAUCCAGAAAAACAAUUAUUUUUUCCUUCCUUAUGUAAUUAUUUUAGGAAACGAUUUUAUUUGACGGCACUUUUAAUGCCUCUCCGUGGUAAGCAGGGUUAUGGUGCGUCUCAAGAGCAAAAUGCGGCGAAGUCUGACAAUGCAAUUGUGUAUAUAUAUAUGUGUAUGUAUAUAUAUAUAUAUAUAUAUAUAUGCAUACGUAGGCGUGUAUGUCAUCGUAUCGUACAUAUCUGUGUCACAAGGCUGUAUAUACCAUGUGAGUUUAAGCCUCCUAGUGUUACCAAGAAUGCAAGAGACGUAAUGUCCACGCGCGGUGACGAGCUUCAAUUAAUCAUGAAACGCUAAACGUUGUAAUUCAUGCCAAAGUAUAUUAUUGUGUGUACAAUUAGUAAGUAUUAUAUAUAAAUAUUGUAUAUUUGUCGAGGAAACAACAAGAAUUCAUAGGAAAUUUCGGAGGCAACGUUGCCCGCGUGGAAACGUCGGCGAACACUUGUAUUCUUGAUGAAAAAUUUUCCAAGAAUCAUGGCGAUAUAAUUAGUGAUGUAGAUUACACGGUAAUAGGUAACAUGGUAAAAUGUAUAUAUGAAUAUAUACAUAUACUGCGAAUAUACAUAUGCGAAUGAUAGAGGGAGAGAGAAAGCGAGUGUAUGUAUAUCGCUACAUCGAGAUUGACGCAAUGGAUUUUCAAUAUUUUAUACACGUUAUAUUUUAAAACCUUUUUUUUUUUUUUAUGGAAAUACGCAACACAAGGAAUGUAUUUAAAUAUCUACUUUAAUAAUUUAAUAAUUUAUAUUUAGCUGUGUAAACUUUUCUUUCGUAAGUUAGAUAGAACUUUUCGUGCAUUCCGCUACAAUCAAUCCGUUUCCCUUUGCAGUGAAUUCUCGGUGAUGAAUUAAAGGGCUAUGAUUUUAGAUUAUAGGCCAGGCGAAACGAACGUGAUAUAUCAAUAAUACAAUUAUUUCUAAGUCCCAUGUGUAUGUAUAGACUACAUUAUCAACGUAUAGAAUUUGCGUAAAUGUAUACAUAUAUAGCGAUUGUAUUGUAAUAUCAUAUAAGUAUCGACUGUCAUAUAUAAACGAAUAAGUGCGAGUAUCAGCGUAUACAUAUACGAAUAUAUACAUACAUGUAUAAACGGAUGUUGUACAUAGUAGGAUAUAAUAGUAUCGGAUCCAUCGUGUCGGAUCAUUGAAAAAUAGCAACGUGUUUUAUUAUCAUCGUCAUCAUCAUCACGUCAUCAUCUAUAUUAUUAAUGUCGCUGUGUAGUCAUGAUACAUACUAUUGUUGUUAAAUUAACGUCGCUUCUCAUGUAAAUUAUCAUGAGACUUUACAUGUCCGCGGACAGUGAUUUAAUUUUGUAUAUCCGUAUGUAAUUAUAGUAAGGGUGCGUAUGCGAACUACCGUACAAUCUAACAAUUUGCACGAUAUCGUAUAUCACUGUGUGGUCAUGUUGCACUGCAAAAUAAUCUAGUAGCAGUAUCUUGUUAUAUAUAUAUAUA